AUGGCCGACGUGGCGAAGAGCGACAAAUUACAGCCUAAUGCUGGCCAGUCGUGUCGCGAGUGUCGGCGCCGCAAGGGAAAAUGUGAUGGCAAGAUGCCAGUGUGUUCUGUGUGUCAGCGAUACAAUCGACACUGUCUCUAUGACAAACACAGUCGGUCUUCACUGACGAGGAAACAUCUCACAGAGGUGGAAGAGCGGCUGGAGAAGGCUGAAGCCUUGCUCAGAACUUUUUUCACUGAAGCCGAGCUGUCGCAAAUGCUCAUUCAUGGAGUCUCACAUGGACCUGAAGCUUCUCCUCAGAGGCCAAUUGCUCAAUCCAGUCUCUCAAACGAUGCCGCAUUCCCUGGGUCGAGGAGUGCUCUUCAGAAGGAUACCACAAACCACCCGUCAAAUCAGCCUGUCCCCACGGCUAGCCCGGACCCAGACCAGAAGUUCGAUUUUCAUGUCUUCGACUCUUCCAGGAGUCCAGCUAGCGAGAGCGGUGCUGCCUUCGAAAACCUCCCAGGUGCCGACGAUGACUUUGAAUGGGACGAGCGAGAUCCUUCCUGGAAUCUGGGGGAAUUGAGAGGAGGUGGUGCAUCGACUCUCCAGAACGAUCCAGACUCAGACGUACCCAAAAUCACCGACGGUAUGGCGACGCUCACGACAGACGAUUCACAUACUGGAUUCUAUGGAUCGGUGUCGGGGGCGGCGCUCCUCCGUUUGAUCUGGAUGGGCAACGCCGGCGAAGGAUCAGACGACAAGAGUGAAUUUCAUAAACAGCGUAGGCAGACGAUGGAGCAGCUGAUGAAAGACACCCCAGAGGACAAUAGUCUGCCAUCUUCGUGGCUCCAGACGCAGCCACUAAUCACCCGCCAAGUGGUUGACAGCAUGGUCGACGCAUACUUUGCCUACUACCAUCCGACCUUUCCAAUCCUUCACCAAUCCUCUUUUCGUCAGCAGUACUCCAAGAUGAGUGGCCGGCCCGGAGGAAACACUUUCCAUAUUCUCGUCAACUUGGUAGCCACCCUUGGCGCCUUUGUUUCUCGGAGCGGGACAGAUGAUACCCACGCCACACUCUUCAACGCCGUCAAGGCAAAUCUGACAAUCGUGUCUCUGGAGACAGGAAGUCUCAGUCUUGUCCAAGCGUUCGCCAUGGCUGCCACCUAUCUACAGAAGAGGAACAGGCCAAACAGCGGGUACAACUACGGUGGUAUUGCUCUGCGCUUGGCGACCUCGCUGGGCCUCCACAAAGAGUUCCACGGCUGGCAGGCGACUCCUUUCAAGAAGGAGGUAAGGCGAAGGGUAUGGUGGUCGUUGUGUGUCCUGGACGUCGGCGCAACAGUAACCUAUGGUCGUCCACUGAAUUGGCCACAAGUUGGCGUCGAGACGGCUUUCCCGCUCAAUAUCCAUGAACAGGACCUUGAACCUACCUCCACAUCCUUCCCGCCAGAAGUACACGAAACGACACUCUACACGUAUAUCACCACUCAGUCACAGUAUCAUCUGCGUACAAUCCCGAUAUACAAUCGACUGAUCUCUAAUCCUCUCCCAUCCGCGGCAGAGUUGAUAUCCCUUGAUGACGAACUCGUGGGAGGUUGGCUCGCCGGUCUACCAGAGUUCUACAACGACAGAGACUUACCGUUGUCCAACGAAUACCUGUUGGGCCAUGGGAUCGCUCGCUGGCGCUACCGACGGUCUCUCGUCGGACCCGAAGUCUUCCUCGCCCGCGAGUACGGCGCCGUCGGCGGAACGAAUCGCCACGAGUCGCUGCUUCAAGGCCGCAGAGGAAUGCAUCUCGUGUAUUUUCCGAUUCUGGUCGACAGGAACUCACACCAGACUGGCGGCCUGGUAUGUACUUUGUACAAUCCAACUAACUCCCCCGUGCCUUCAACAAGAUACUUCCUACUACAAGCAGCGCUUAUCCCAAUCCACUGUCUCCGACGGAUUCCCGGACACGCCGACGCGCCGUCCUGGCGGAAACAAGUCAUCACGGCACUGAACGUCAUCAAUGCCAUGACCAACCUCAACUCCAGCGCCACCAAGUGCAGAGACAUCAUUUACCGGCUGUGUGGCGAGAGUCUUGUGACGCAGCAGCGCAGUCAAUCUUUCUCGCACCACAACCAACCACAACAACAGCAACCGCACCCCCGACAGGACAGUUGGUCCAGCUACGCCACUGAGCCGAAUUUCGCUCAGGGUUUCCCUCCCUUCCCCACCGGAGAUUCGAGUGAUGCUGGACUCAAUCCGUGGAUGACGGAGAUUGAUACCGCCAUCGACGGGUACGACGUUUACAUCAACCGUCUGAGCAACGCGGCCAUGGCAGGCAUGGGCAACGUCGACCAACCGCCAAGCGACAACGCGGCGGGGAUGUUGAGCACGGAUGGCACCGAGAUCGGAACGGGCGUUCAAGAUUGGGAUUGGAAUCUGAUGCUUACUUGA